GACACUCCCCUACUGCCUCCUGCCAUCUCCCAGACCCUACAAAUCUCAACGGCUUCUCUGAUGAUCUGCUGAUCCUAUGUAUUCAAGUACAAUUAGAGACAUGGUUACUGUGUGUUGUGUGUGAUAACGGAGGAGGAGAUGGAGAGAGAGAGAGGGAGGGAGAAUGGUGAGAAAGAGUGUGCUUGUUGCUCACUCUUUUUCCUACUGACUUGAAGAGAGGGGAUGGAAUCGAUAAUCUUCUUUCCUGCUUUGUUUUCUUUUUCUGAAUCCUUUCGAAACUGUGCUAUGUGAGGUUGUACUUCCGCCAUUCAUGCCGCCUCCGUUGCUCCUGCUCUUCAUCUGUUUUCUUUCACUUUUGUCGCCCGCUUCUCCCGGUGUGAAUGGAUUUUUCUGCUGAAAAAAUGCCCCACUUGAUGAAUAAACUGCUUCUUCCUCUGUUUUUUCUUGUAAUUUCGACUUUGUAAAUUUCGGUGGUCCUUCGAUUUGGCUUUUGUUUCUUUGUUUUGGCUAUAGUAUGUUGACUUGUAUAGCUUGUUCGAAGGAGCUAAACGCCGCCGGAUCUAUUCGAGACCGGCCGGACGAUGGUGGAGACGCCGCCACUCCUUCCACUAAGCAAGCCAUCAAAUCCCUCACCGCCCAAAUCAAGGACAUGGCAGUAAAGGCAUCGGGUGCAUACAAGAACUGCAAGCCAUGUUCAGGCUCGUCAGGCCACGACCGGAGCCGGGCCUAUGUGGACUCGGAUGCCGGUUCGGUGUCUGAGAGGUUCUACUGCUCGUACCAGAGGACGGGCAUCUCAAACUCCAAGCCACGGCUUAGGGGAAAGGAACUGGAAGCCAAGCUGAAGGCCCUUUCGAGUGGCUCGGCCACCCCCGCUUCGGUUAGCAGUAGAACUGAGUCUGUUUUGUUCAUGGAGGAAGAUGAGCCGAAAGAAUGGGUUGCACAGGUUGAGCCGGGGGUGUUAAUCACAUUUGUUUCAUUGCCACAGGGCGGAAAUGAUCUCAAGAGGAUUCGGUUCAGCCGAGAGAUCUUUAACAAGUGGCAAGCUCAGCGGUGGUGGGCGGAUAACUAUGACAAAGUAAUAGAAUUAUACAACGUCCAGAGGUUCAAUCGUCAUGCAGUGUCGCUACCAACUCCACCACGAUCUGAAGAUGAGAACUCAAAACUUGAAUCAGCUGAGGACAGCCCUCCUGUGACGCCUCCAUUGAGCAAGGAGCGCCUUCCUCGCCAUUUCCAUCGUCCAAUUGGAGUCGGCUACUCAUCAUCAGACUUGCUUGAACAUCGCCCAAUGCAAUCUCGUCACUACUAUGAUUCAGGUGGCCUUAAUUCAACACCAAAACUCUCCAGCAUCAGUGCUGCAAAAACUGAGACAUCAUCGAUUGAUGCUUCUGCCCGGUCAAGUUCUUCAAGGGAGAUUGACCACUCUGGAGAGCUUUCAGUGAGCAAUGCUAGUGAUUUAGAAACUGAGUGGGUUGAGCAAGAUGAGCCUGGAGUCUACAUUACUGUCAGAGCAUUGCCAGGGGGUGCUCGGGAGCUUAGAAGAGUGCGGUUCAGCCGAGAAAGGUUUGGAGAAAUGCAAGCAAGGUUGUGGUGGGAAGAGAACAGAGCAAGGAUUCAACAACAGUACUUGUGA